AGUUAUUCAGCAUGGUCAUUCUUCGCUCAAAAAUCACCAGACUCUAUUGGUUUCGAUUGUUUUCAAAUGGACAGAAGAAAAUUGAAUAUUCCAAGUUAAAAGUUGCAGUUCCUAAAGAAAUAUUCCCAGGAGAAAAAAGAGUUUCACUCAGUCCAAACGGAGUUGCUCUUCUCAAGAAGAACGGAAUUUCAGUUUUGAUUGAGGAAAAUGCAGGAGUGCUCGCGGGCUACUCAAACGAGGAAUAUGUCAGAAGCGGAGCAGAUGUGGGAAAACAUAAUGAAGUUUUUAACACAGAUAUUAUGUUGAAAGUCCGACCACCUACGGAAAAUGAAGUCUCUAAACUUAAAAGCGGGUGCACAUUGAUUUCUUUCAUACAUCCAGGACAAAAUCAAGCUCUACUUGAUUCACUGACUAAAACCGACAAGACCGUUUUUGCAAUGGAUUGUGUGCCCAGAAUUAGCCGAGCACAAGUAUUUGAUGCGUUAUCCUCAAUGGCAAAUAUCGCUGGAUACCGUGCAGUUAUUGAGGCUGCCAACCAUUUUGGAAGAUUCUUUACUGGGCAGAUUACUGCUGCUGGUAAAGUUCCACCUGCAAAAGUACUUGUAAUUGGUGGGGGAGUAGCCGGAUUAAGCGCAAUUGGAACAUCACGAGGAAUGGGAGCAGUUGUGAGAGGAUUUGAUACACGUGCUGCUGUCAAGGAGCACGUCGAAUCACUAGGUGCUCAAUUUCUGACCGUAAAUGUGAAAGAAGACGGAGAAGGCGGCGGUGGCUAUGCCAAAGAAAUGAGCAAAGAGUUUAUCGACGCUGAAAUGAAACUUUUUGCGGAUCAGUGCAAGGAUGUGGAUAUUAUAAUUACGACAGCACUCAUUCCGGGAAAAAAGGCACCCAUUCUGAUUACAGAGGAAAUGAUAAAAAGCAUGAAACCAGGCAGUGUAGUAGUGGACCUAGCCGCAGAGUCCGGUGGAAAUAUUGCGACGACUCGUCCUGGGGAAGUUUAUGUUAAACAUGGUGUCACUCAUAUUGGAUUCACAGACUUGCCAUCUAGACUUCCAACUCAAAGCAGUGAGCUUUACUCAAAUAACAUUGCAAAAUUUCUUUUACAUCUCGGAAAAGAUAAGACAUUCUUUGUGAACGAAGAGGAUGAAGUGGCUCGUGGAGCAUUGGUUGUUCGUGAUGGUCAAAUGAAAUGGCCACCACCGCCAAUUAACUUCCCACCUCCAGCAGCUCCAAAGUCAGAUAAACCAUCUGAAAAUACCGCUUUGGUUCCAUUAACCCCAUUCAGAAAAACUGCGAAUCAGACGUUAUUGUUGACAUCAGGACUCGGCUCCGUUUCUCUUCUUGGAAUAGCUGGAACCAAUCCUCAGAUAUCCAGUAUGUCGACAACAUUUGCGCUAGCAGGAUUAGUUGGUUACCAUACCGUAUGGGGAGUCACACCAGCACUUCAUUCUCCUCUGAUGAGUGUUACAAAUGCAAUUUCUGGAACAACUGCAGCUGGAGCUUUGUGUCUGAUGGGUGGAGGACUUAUGCCACAAAACUCCGCACAGACAAUGGCUCUGUUGGCAACGUUCAUUUCAUCAGUGAAUAUUGGAGGUGGUUUCCUGGUGACUAAAAGAAUGUUGGAUAUGUUCAAGAGGAAAGAUGAUCCACCAGAGCACAAUUAUUUGUUCUCAAUUCCUGCUGCAGUUUUCUUAGGAGGUUAUGGUUACGGAGUAUAUACAGCCGCUCCAUUAAUCCAUUCCUACGCUUAUCUUGGCUCAUCGCUAUGUUGUGUAGGAGCUCUUGCAGGGCUGUCAUCACAAAGCACGGCUCGUGUUGGAAAUGCGCUCGGAAUAAUUGGUGUCACUGGUGGUAUUGGAGCAACUUUAGGGUUAUUACAGCCUGAUUUCAAUACACUUUGUCAAAUGGGCGGUUCGGUUGCAAUGGGUUCUCUUAUAGGUCUAGGGAUUGCAAAUCGUAUCAAGGUCACAGAUCUACCUCAAUUAGUUGCUGCUUUUCAUUCUUUUGUUGGGCUUGCGGCGACUCUGACGUGCCUUGCAAACUUUAUUCAGGAACACCCACAUUUCCUUGAAGACCCGUCAAAUGCUGCAGCAGCAAAACUGGCUCUCUUCCUUGGAACAUACAUUGGAGGAGUGACAUUUACUGGAAGUUUGAUGGCUUAUGGAAAACUUCAGGGAAUUCUUGCCUCUGCUCCAACAUACCUUCCCGCUCGACAUGUGCUCAAUGGAGCUUUGCUUGCGGGAAACGUUGGAGCAUUAGGAACUUACAUGUAUUCUACUGAUUUUGGAACUGGAAUGAGCAUGCUUGGUGGAACUGUUGGACUCUCCAGCUUGAUGGGCGUGACGUUGACAAUGGCAAUUGGAGGCGCCGAUAUGCCAAUUGUAAUCACAGUGUUGAAUUCCUACAGUGGAUGGGCACUUUGCGCAGAAGGAUUCAUGUUGGACAACAGUUUGUUAACGGUUCUCGGUGCGCUUAUUGGAAGUUCAGGAGCAAUUUUGUCCCAUAUCAUGUGCAAGGCUAUGAACCGCUCUCUUCUAAAUGUGAUCUUGGGAGGAGUUGGAACCAAGUCAAAAGGAACCGGUGAAGCAAAAGCAAUUGAGGGGACUGCAAAAGAAAUUGCACCAGUAGAAACUGCUGACAUGCUUCUCAAUGCUCGUUCAGUCAUCAUCAUUCCUGGAUAUGGUCUGUGUGCAGCUCAGGCACAAUAUCCCAUCGCUCAACUUGUCAAAGAAUUGCAACAGAGAGGUGUUCGUGUCAGAUUUGCAAUUCAUCCAGUUGCAGGAAGAAUGCCGGGCCAGUUGAACGUGCUUCUUGCGGAAGCAGGAGUGCCAUAUGAUAUUGUGGAAGAAAUGGAAGAAAUAAAUGAAGACUUCAAAGAAACCGAUGUUGCACUUGUGAUUGGUUCGAAUGAUACCAUCAAUUCAGCGGCGGAAGAUGAUCCGAAUAGUUCGAUUGCAGGAAUGCCCGUGUUGCGUGUCUGGAAUUCGAAGCAGGUCAUUAUCGUAAAAAGAACACUCGGAACCGGUUACGCUGCAGUCGACAAUCCCGUGUUCUUUAAUGAGAACACUCAGAUGUUACUAGGAGAUGCGAAAAAGAUGAGCGAGAAACUUCUCGAAGAAGUGAAAUCGAAACCCAUGUAAAACUUAUUGUACAUUUUAAAGUUUUCAUUCCAAACAAAUGCAAGUCCUAGAAAAAAUUUUGAGACCUGUUAAAAAUCUGGAAAAUAAACGAUUUUUGUAUAAAA